UAUGUCAGUCGGAAUAAAAUCAGAAAGCUUAAAAUUCCCCGAUUUCCCUGUACAAGCUCGAUACAGCGGCCACGUAGUGCCGUAGUGUCCGGGAGGAGGAGUUUAUUAAUCCGCCACCGACCCCCGGCAAGCAGACUUGACAGACGUAUGUUCGGUCUGCUGACUAGAAGAAUCGCCUGUGUCACCAGUAAUCUAGGUCUUAGAAAUAUUAAAUCCAUCAAGACGAUCAUGUCCGCCGAAUUACCGAACGUUGUUUUUGUUUUGGGAGGACCUGGAGCUGGCAAAGGGACACAGUGUGCUAAGAUAGUUGAGAAAUUCCAGUAUGUUCAUCUGUCAGCUGGAGACUUGCUUCGUGAAGAACGAAACACUGAAGGAUCAGCUUACGGAGAACUAAUUGAGAGUCAUAUUCGCAAUGGAACUAUUGUCCCAGUUGAAAUAACUUGCAGCCUUUUGGCCACUGCAAUGAAGAAGAGUGGCAACAAUAAAUUUUUGAUUGAUGGCUUCCCAAGGAACAAGGACAAUUUAGAUGGCUGGCAGAAGGAAAUGGGAGACAAGACAAAUGUGCUAUUUGUCUUGUUCUUUGACUGCUCCCAAGAAGCGUGUAUGGAGCGUUGCCUUCAACGAGGUGCCGCCGGAAGUGGUCGUUCGGAUGACAACGAGGAAAGUCUAAAGAAGCGGUUUCAGACAUACGUCAAAGACACUAUGGCAAUCAUUGAGCAUUACGAUGCUCUGGGUCUAGUCAGAAAAAUUGAUGCGUCCCAAUCUCCCGACCAAGUUUUUGAGGAUGUAACAAAAGCGUUUGAGUAGUUGUUAAUCUCAAAUGAAGACGACUUCCACUGGUUUCCAAUAACUUCAUUCUAAACUCCUUUUUAUUAUUAUUGGGUCGUUUGGUUGUCAAUCGUGUUUUUUGGUUUGUUUAUUAACAAUCUAAAUGAGGAGAGAAAGUGCACCUAAUCAGCAGCAAAGUGUAUCCUUUUGUGGUUUCAAUUUCUUUUCUUCAUUGAUGGAAACUUUAUACAGUACAUAUUAUAUAUUCAGUUCUAAACCCAAACAAGCGGUUGUAUUACACCAUUUUCUUUUACCGUUCAAAAAAGAAUGUGAAAUACAAACAGAAGGAAACCUUUA